CUUUGCAGUGGGUGGAGACAGGAUAGCAAGUAGAAUCGAAAUCGCCUUUUUGACAUCUAACAUAAAAAAUACUGUUUAACUUAAACUUGAUGAAUGAAUGCGUUGAUAUUUCCUACUGUUGCACCUACAUCGAGGCAUAUCGUUGCGGAGGUUCAUUCGAUCGCGUCAAUCCUCUGGAACGUUUCUGCGGAGAGUAACGUAUGCUCUGGAGCUAGUAAUGCUGUCUUAGCUGAAACGUUUCAGCUGCAGUGAAGAAAAUACAUUUUCAGUUUUAUCGAAACUCCCCGGUGUAUCGGCGCCUGGCUAGCGGGAGGCGGAGCAUGCGUGUGAGAUCAGAGAUCAGAUUGGACGUGGAGCUGUGAUGCGUGCGGCGAGCUGCAGGAUGAACGUGGCGGCCAUUCUGAAUGGCCUGCUGGUUUCGGUGGUGGCAGCACUGCUCUGGAAGUACGUGAGGCUAAGCGAGCACGCUGCAGUACUGGAGGAGGAGCUGCAGCUGACCCGCCAGUCCCAGGAGCUGUCCCAGGCCCGGAUAGACUACCACGCCGCUCUGCUGGCCCUUCAGGAGCAUGGCACCCGCAUGGUCUGCACCGGCAAGAUGCACACUGACCGCAUCUGCCGCUUCGAUUACCUGUGCUACUGCACCGAGGCCGAAGAGUUUGUCUUCUUCCACAGCAACUCCUCCUUCAUGUUGCCCAACCUGGGGCCCCGGCGCUUCCAGCCGGCCCUGCUGGACCUGUCCUCUGUGGAGGAUCACAACACCCAGUACUUCAACUUCCUGGAGCUGCCCGCAGCUGCCCUGAAGUUCAUGCCCAAGCCUGUGUUUGUCCCUGACGUCACCCUCAUCCUCAACCGGUUCAAUCCGGAUAACCUGAUGCACGUGUUCCACGAUGACCUGCUGCCCAUCUUCUACACCAUGCGGCAGUACUCGGACCUGGACGAUGAGGCCCGCCUGGUCUUCAUGGAGGGCUGGGGUGAGGGCGCACACUUUGACCUCUACCGCCUGCUGAGCAGCAAGCAGCCACUUCUCAAAGAGCAGCUGAGGAACUUUGGCAAACUUAUGUGCUUUACUAAGUCCUACGUGGGCUUGUCCAAGAUGACCACAUGGUACCAGUACGGCUUCGUCCAGCCACAGGGCCCCAAAGCCAACAUCCUGGUCUCUGGGAACGAGAUCCGGCAGUUUGCCUCAUCGCUGAUGGAGAAGCUCAAUAUCACCACGCGAGGAGAGGAGAGCGUGGCGGAGGAAAAGGAUGAGUACUUCGUAGUGUUCAGUCGCUCCAUCAACAGACUAAUCCUGAACGAAGCGGAGCUGAUCCUUGCGUUAGUGCAGGAGUUCCAGAUGAGAGCCGUGACGGUAUCUCUGGAGGAGCAGAACUUCCCCAGAAUUGUCAAGGUCAUCAGCGGGGCCUCCAUAUUAGUCAGCAUGCACGGGGCCCAGCUGGUCUCCUCUCUCUUCCUCCCCCGGGGGGCCGUCGUAGUGGAGCUCUUCCCCUAUGCGGUCAACCCAGAGCAGUACACUCCUUACAAAACCCUGGCCUCUCUACCAGGCAUGGACCUGCAGUAUGUGGCCUGGAGGAACCUGGUGGAGGAGAACUCUGUGGCCUACCCAGAGAGGCCCUGGGAACAGGGAGGUAUAGCCCACCUGGAUAAGGAAGAGCAGGAUCACAUCCUGACCAGUAAGGAAGUACCUAGACACCUGUGCUGCCGCAACCCUGAGUGGCUCUAUCGUAUUUACCAGGACACCAUAGUGGACAUACCUUCUUUACUAGAGGCUCUCAGAGCGAUUGUGAAAACCAGGCCCAACCUGAAGAAGGCCAAGCCUGCCAGCACGGUCCACCCGGGCCGGGUCAGAGAGCCCCAGUGCCAGACGUCGGUCCAGGCCACCAACGAGGCCAAGCUGACUGUGUCCUGGCAAAUCCCCUGGAACCUGAGGUACCUGAAGGUCAGGGAAGUGAAGUACGAAGUGUGGAUCCAGGAGCAAGGAGAGAACACGUACAUGCCUUAUAUUCUCCCCCACCAGAACUAUACCUUCUCUGAAAACAUCAAACCCUUUACGACGUACCUGGUGUGGGUGCGCUGCAUCUUUAACAAACACCUCCUGGGGCCCUUUGCCGAUGUACUCAUGUGCAGGACAUAAUUUGAGUUGAUAUUUACAGUUUCAAGUAUGUGACUGCUUGUUCCAGAUGAUCAGAUAUUGGGGCUGUGGAUUAUUGAAAGUGAUGCUAGAAAGGUUCUGUAUCAUUUCAGCCAGCAGUUUUGAAAGUAGCGCUCACGAGCCAAAAUGGUUCCCAGAAAAUUGUGCACAAUUGUAUACGAUGUCAUCCAUUUUGUAUGAUAUGUUACGUCCUGCACAAUAAAUGUAUGUUCCCUACAAUUCGUAUGAUAUGUUACGAAUUUGUAAGUGCUUUUAAGAUCCCGUUCAAUCUCGUUAAUAUGAAAAUCUGUGAUUGAGGAUCGUCUCCGAUUUGAGGAUAGUUGAUAUGAUGUAAUCUGUAUCUAGGAUGAGAGACUGUGCUGUUUGAUGAGACAACCAUGUCCUCACAGAGAGUGAAAUGCAAUGGAAAUUCAAUGGCAUUUAGCAUGGGACGCAGGAACACGAGUCACGAUUUAAGGAUGCAUUGUCUGUACCAUAGGCAGAAAGUACUAUACAAAGUGUCUUUUUGAGAUAAAGGAAUUUCUUUAAUAUACUUAUUAAUAUACUUUUUUAUUAGUCUUAAACACUGAACCUAUCUAUACCUGUACUUAUUUGAGUAUGUAAUGUAGGUUUUCAGCAAAGCCCAGAUUUGAUUGGUUUGUGAUUUGUUAUCUGAUAAAUCACAACUUUGUGGCUUAGCCUACCCUCCUGCACAAAGUUGUAGCUUUGUCAUGUUGCCUUUCUAAUUGGCAAUUUCCAUAGUUGUUUGCAGAAUGUUGCCAAAACCUUAAAGGGAUACUGUAAGAUUCUGGCAAUUUUCCACUUACCCAGAUUCAGAUGAACUCAUGGGUACCAUAUUUAUGCCUCUGCGUGCAGUAUGAAGGAAGUUAGAAGUAGUUUCACGAGCCAAUCCUAACUAGCAGCACAAUGACUGGAAGUCUAUGGGUAUCUGCUAGCUGGGUAUCUGCUUCAGGCCUGGACAAUUCCAGUCCUCAGGGGCCUAAUUGGUGUGACACUUUUCCCCCAUCCCUAGCAAACACACCUGAUUUUUAAACUAAUUACAUGUUUAACUGAAGCUCAUGAUUAUUUGAUUAUUGGAGUCAGGUCUGUUAGCUGAGUUAAAAGUGUGACACCAAUCAGGCCCCAGAGGACUGGACUUGCCCAGGCCUGCUAGCUGCAGAUACCCAUACAUUUCCAGUCAUUGCGCUAACUCCAGUUAGCAAUUAUGCUAGGGAUAGUUAGCAACUUCCUUCAAACCGCAAUCAGAAACAUAAAAAGGGUGUCCAUGAGUUCAUCUGACCCUGGGGAAGUAGAUAAAGGGCCCCAUUGCCAAAAUCCCAAAGUAUCCCUUUAAGAGAACCCAAAGUGAAUUUGAAAAUGUGGUUACAGUACCAUUAAGUAUGUGUUAUUAGUUGUAAUUGAAUUAUCUUGUGCUUCAUUGAGGCUUUAAUAUUAAUUCAAGGCGGAAAAUAUGUUGGCAGUUUUCUAAAGAUGCUGACUAAAACAUGCAUUAUUCCUUCAAAUGUAGCAGUAUUUUAAGAACAGUGUUCCUCUAAAUUAAAAUAAAGAGAAUCUAUUAUGUAUUUAUGUGAAAGGUUCUGUAGCUAUGCGGUGCAGUUGCUAGAUAUGCAAGGGUUAGUUCUAUUUCUUUCAGAAAAACUGGAGCUUCUUUAAUCAGUUUCUUUGUCAUUGCCCUGUGUGUCAAAAGAUAAAUAUAAAAAGGUUCAUGUCACUUCAGUGUCCCCAUUACAGCAAUUCUGAGUUCAAUUGUCCUAUUUUUUUUUAUUUUUUUAUUCAGUCCACACAGGUGCAGAAAAUGAUCAGAAUUUCCUACUUACUAUUAAUCGGUACCAUUUCUGAUUGGGAUCAUAGAAAAUUUGCGCAGGUUAUAUGCAUGCAUUAACUUGUGAAAUAAUUAGCCUGUGAUGCUUUGGUAAUGACUACUAAGCCCUGAAUCAAACUGGAGGAAUAACCCAUUCUAUGGCUCAUCAGUGCUGCUAACCAUGCGUGGUUCAGUGGCUGUAUCCCAAAUGAAACCCUCUUCCCUUUAUAGUGUACUACUUUUGACCAAGAACUAUAAAGGUCACCAGAGCGUAAAAGUAGUGUUCUAUAGGGAAUAGGGUGCCAUUUUGGGACUCAGCCCAAGUUUGAUGGUGUGCAAUGCUGCCUGUUACAUUUCAUUGCCUUGUGGUGUGCAAAACCAAAGUAUGACUAGCUUCCCAGUAUGUACCAAGCCUUCAGAGUAAGAGUGCUGAUGUAGGAUCAGCUGCAGCCCUCCUGUCCUACUAAGCGUAUAUACAUUGCCUUCAGAAAGUAUUUACACCCUUUGACUUUUUCAACAUUUUGUUGUUACAAAGUGGGAUUAAAAUGGUUGAAAAAAAACGUACAAUUAAAUCCAUCUACAAAUAAUCAAAUGUCAAAGUGGAAGAAAAAUGACACUAAUACAGUAUAUCUUUAUAAGUAUUCAACCCACUUAGUCAAUACAUGUCUCUCUGGGCAAGUCUCUAACAGAUUUUUACACCUGAAUUGUGCAACAUUUGCCCCUUUAUUCUUUUCACAAUUCUUCAAGCUCUGUCAAAUUGUUUGUUGAUCAUUGCUAGACAACUGUUUUCGGGUCUUGCCAUAGAUUUUCAAGCAGAUUUAAGUCAAAACUGUAACUCGGCCAUUCAGGAACAUUCAGUGUCUUCUUGGUAAACAACUCCAGUGUAGAUUUCACCUUGUGUUUUAGGUUAUUGUCCUGCUGAAAUGUGAAUUAAUCUCCCAGUAUCUAGUAGAAAGCAGACUGAACCAGGUUUUACUCAAGGAUUUUGCCUGUGCUUAACUCCAUUUCAUUUCUAUUUUAUCCUGAAAAACUCCCCAGUCUUUAGCGAUUACAAGCGUGCCCAUAACAUUAUACAGCCACUUCUAUGCUUGAAAAAAAUGGAGAGUGGUACUCAGUAAUGUGUUGUAUUGGGUUUGCCCCAAAAAUAACACUUUGUAUUUAGAACAAAAAGUGAAUUGCUUUGCCACGUUUUUCUCAGUAUAACUUUACUGCCUUGUUGCAAGCGUAAUGCAUGUUUUGGAAUAUUUUAAUUAUGUACAGGCGUCCUUCUUUUCACUCUGUCAAUUAGGUUAGUAUUGUGGAGUAACUACAAUGUUGUUGAUCCAUCCUAAGUUUUCACCUCUCACAGCUGCUCAAAGGGAUAUUCAAUGUCUGUUUAUUUUAAAUAUUUUUUUAAAACUUAUUUAGGCUUGCCAUAACAAAGGGGUUGAAUACUUAUUGACUCAAGACAUUUGAGCUUUUCAUUUUUAAUUAUACUGAACAAAAAUAUAAACACAACAAUGAACAAUUUUACUGACUUACAGUCAUAAGGAAAUUAGUCCAUUUAAAUUCAUUAGGCCCUAAUCUGUUGAUUUCACAUGACUGGGCAGGGGCGCAGCCAUGGGUGGGCCUGGGAGAGCAUAGACCCACCCACUUGGGAGCCAGGCCCACCCACUGGGGAGCCAGCCCGGCCAAUCAGAAUGAGUUUUUCCCCACAAAAGGGCUUUAUUACAGACAGAAAUACUCCUCAGUUUCAUCAGCUGUUCGUGUGGCAGGUCUCAGACAAUCCCGCAGGUGAAGAAGCCGGAUGUGGAGGUCCUGGGCUGGCAUGGUUACACAUGGUCUGGUCUAAAACUGUUGGAGGUGGUUUAUGGUAGAGAAAUUAACAUUCAAUUCUCUGGCAACAGCUCUGGUGGACAUUCCUGCAGUCAGAAUGCUAAUUGCACGCUCCCUCAACUUGAAACCUCUGUGGCAUUGUGUUGUGUGACAAAACUGCACAGUUUAGUGGCCUCUUAUUGUCCCCUGCUCAAGGUGCACCUGUGUAAUGAUCAUGCUGUUUAAUCAGCUUCUUGAUAUGCUACACCUGUCAGGUGGAUGGAUUACCUUGGUAAAGGAGAGAUAAUACUUAACAGGGAUUUAAAGAAAUGUGUGCUCAAAAUUGGAUAGAAACAAGCUUUUUGUGCGUAUGGAACAGUUCUGGGAUCUUUCAUUUCAGCUCAUGAAACAUGGGACCAACACCUUACAUGUUGCGUUUAUAUUUUUGUUCAGUAUAAUUUAGAAUUUUUGGGGAAAUCAUCAUUCCACUUUGACAUUAUGGUGUAUUGUGUGUAGGCCAGUGAAAAAAAUCUAAAUUGAAUCCAUUUUAAAUUCAGGCUGUAACACAACAUAAUGUGGAAGAAGUCAAGGGGUGUGAAUACUUUCUGAAGGCACUGUAUUGUGAUCUAAAAGGUUAAACUGUCCUAAAUCAGCACUCUUACUCUGAGCGCUUGACAUGCGGCCCCAGAUCUCUCUGUCCCGCGGUUGAGUUUUCAGCAGAGGGCACAGGUUUGAAACUAGUUUGACGUUUUUUGAGGCAGCUGAGAGUGGUGACAGGAAUCUGUGAAUCAAUAGCAUUGGAUUGGGUUUCUCUCUUCCCCUAAAACAGCACUAGUGACACACAGAUUGCCAGUGCCAAUUCAUAGACUUUGCAAUGCGUUGCAUUGUUGAUUAUUGGUGUAAUCAUUUAAUGGACAUUAAUGGUGUCAUAAUAAUCAAGGGAUUUAAAUGCAGUGCUGACUGGCUAGUAUUAAAAUAUCCUACCCAUUGUGCUGUACCCAUUGAGGUAUCCUACUGACGAACUAAAUUCCACAUUAACUGGAAUUUGUCCCUUUUUUGAGAUGUUUCGGUUUGAAAGUCCAACUUGAACUGUUAAAAAAAAAAAAAAGAUGUUCUCAAAUGCAGUUCUGUCAGUGUUUGUAUUCAAGAGAUUAUUUUGAACUGUUGUUGUUCAAUGUGAUGUUAUAUUUUGUGUGUUUGUUUUGCUUGUGGUUGUGUAUACCACCUCCAGUAAAUAAAUUAUAUUUGCUAAGA